AUGAGGCCAUAUCUAGAAAUCCUGGAAAAUUCGGUUAUUUUCUAAAUAAAUGUUAUUUACAAAAAUAUUUUAGCAUUAAUAUUAUUAAACUUAAACCGUUAUGAAGAAGCCCUUAAAAUUUGUAAUUAUUUGAUCAAGUAAUAACCUUAACAAUUGGAUUAUUAUUUUCUUAAAGGUUAUUUAUUUAAAUUUAAAAAAUUUUUAGCAAAUAUUUUAAGAUUGUCUCAUCAUUUAGAUGAAGCCAUAUUAAAUUAUGAUUUAGCUAUAUCAAAAAAUAAUUAAAAUGCUGAUUGUUAUUUUUAUAAAGGUUAAAUAUUUUUUAUGAAUUUUUAGCAAACUCAUUACAACUUUUAGGUCUUACUAAUGAAGCUUUAUAAUGUGGUUUUCUUGCAAUAUAGAAAAAUCCUGAAAACCCAGAUUAUUAUAGUGGUUAAGGUAUUUAGAUUUAUAAUAUUUUAUAGCAAAUAUUCUAAUGAUUUUAAAUCGAAAUCAAGAAGCACUUGAAUUUUGUGAAUAUGCACUAUAAAAAGAUCCUGAUAACUUAAAAUAUUAAACGUAAAAAGGUAUCAUUACUAAUUAAUUUUAGCUAUAAUCUUAUAAAAUUUAUAUAAUUUUUCUUCAGCAAUUAAAUAAAAUAAUCAGAUCUUAUAAAAUAAUCCAGGAGAAGCAGAAUUAUAUGCAAAUAAAGGUUUUCUGAUAAUUUAAUUAUUAAGCUGAAUCUUUAAUUCAAAUGUAAUGUUUUUAAGAGGCACUUGAUAAUUGUAAUUAAGCUUUGAAAUUAGAUCCAAAUAACUCUGAUUAUUAUUUUAUAAAAUGUAAGUAUAUAAUUGAAAAAUAAGUAUUAAAAUUAAUUUAAUAAAAUAGCAAAGAGUACUUUAUUUACAGAAAUAUAAAGAGGCUCAUUAAUUUUGUAAUGAAGCAAUAAAAAGAAAUCCUGAAGUUUCAGAUUAUUUUAUUCACAAUAGUAUUAUUUUGAUAUAAUCUCUAUUUAGCUGUUAUUUUAAAUAGAAUGGAACUUUAUGAAGAAGCUUUAAAAAAUUGUAAUUAAGCUAUACUGAAAAAUAGUUCAAAUGCUGAUUAUUAUCAUAAAAAAGGUUUGUAUUUAUACAAUUGUUAGGAAUAACUUUAGAUUACUUAAAACGUUAUGAUGAAGCUCUUAAAUAUCAUGAUUAAGCAAUUUAGAAAAAUCCACAUAAAGCACAAUAUUAUUCUGAAAAAGGUUGCAAGAAUAUUAAAUAUAAUAAUUAGCAUACACUUUAUCAAAUUUAAAACGAUAUCAAGAAGCUUUAAUUUGUUAUGAUAAUGCAAUAUCAAAAAACCCUGAUGGAGCUGAAGAUUAUUCAAAUAAAGGUUUAUUUGUAUUUAAAAAUUAGCAAUUACUUUACAAAAUUUACGCCGCUUUUAAGAAGCUCUUUAAUAUCAUGAUUAUGCAAUUCAAAAAAAAUCCAAAUAAGGCAGCUAAUUAUUAUAAUAAAGGUAAAAGAAUAAUAUAUGAAUAGCAAGUACAUUAAAAUCAUUAAAUAAAUUCAAACAAGCUUAUGA